AUGGACGACUUGCGCUUUCGAUCUCAGCAGUCGCCUCGCAACGAGGCGACCAUGAACAACCUUGUCUCACCUCCGCGGAACGGCAACACGCGCAUGCCCAACCCAGUCCAGACUCACGAUCUACGAACCACCCUGCCUCGUCGCUUCACCACCGAUUCGGGGCGUGUACCAACACUGUCUUCUAUUACCUCCCUACGCAGCCCCAUGGCUGGGCCCGACCCGAGCCAAUAUGAAAACUCGUACAGCAACUCCCAGGUGCAAUUGCUGGAAAAGAAAAAGCGAGAAUACGAACGCCUCCGUGACCAGAAGCGCCGCUUCGAGCUCGAGAUGCAGAAGCUGGAACAGGUCCAGCGACGCGAGGAGAUGGAGCUUCUCAAGAUGCAGGACGAUCUCCAGCGAGCUGGUCACCAAUCCGAGCCGACGACGCCGCCUGAAUACCAUGACAGCUCCGGCUUCCCCUCCAUGGCUCUUCAGCCGGCCGGCCGGUCGGGGUCGAACCUCGCGUCGCCGCAGUCGGGCAUCAUGCAGCAGUCCCGCACGCAUGGCGUUCGACGAGCACCAUCUUCCUUCGAGGUCGGUGCCUGCUUCGAGGAGGAACAGCGACGAAGAUGA